CUCCGUUAGUUAAAAGACGCAUUUAUUAUUAUUAUUAUUUUUUUAAUUUGUACUAUCUCUUUAUGAUCUUUAAUAAUGGAAUCUUCAAAUGGCAAUAAAUCACGUAUAGGAAGUCCACCACCUAUAACAACAAAUAAUCUAAUCUCUUCGUCUGUCUCCCCUCUUUCAUCUCCUUUGAAUGAUCAAAAUAAUACCAAUUCCUUAUUAUUACAACGAAAUCCUAUAAUAUUUGUACCUUCUCAACAAAUCAAUCCUUUACAGCAAUCUCAAUCAGAUUCAUCACAACCUUCUUCUCCAACUCAUGUACAUAAACCUACUAUUGAAAUACCAAAAACAGGUCCUAUUAACCGUUUAAAAAAUGCUCCGAAAGAUCAAAUACCUGUUAGCAAAUCUCCUAGACGUCAAAAAUCAUCACGAUUUUAUACAAAAGAUAAAAUGCAAGUAGAAAGGACCCCCGGUUUUUAUGAAACUGUUCCACAUUUAAGACAAAACUUGUUUCUUCAAAAGAUACAGCAAUGCAUGAUCAUUUGCGAUUUUUCAGAUCCCUCAUCUGAAUUAACGGAAAAGGAAAUUAAAAGGCAAACUCUACAGGAAAUACUAGAAUAUGUUGGCAAUAAUUUGGGUAUUUUGACAACAGAAGCUCCUUAUGCUGAAAUAGUAAAAAUGUUUGCUAUUAAUUUAUUUCGUACUAUUCCUCCACAAGUUAAUCCAUCAGGUGAUGCCUAUGAUCCUGAAGAAGACGAACCUGUCUUGGAAUUAGCUUGGCCUCAUUUACAAAUUGUGUAUGAAUUGUUUUUGAGAUUUUUAGAAUCGCCCGAUUUUAACAUCAAUUUCGCCAAAAAAUACAUUGAUCAAAAAUUUAUUCUUCAGUUAUUGGAAUUAUUCGACAGUGAAGAUCCUAGAGAAAGAGAUUAUUUAAAGACAACAUUGCAUCGUAUUUAUGGCAAAUUUAUUAACCUUCGUGCAUUUAUUCGUCGAUCGAUCAAUAAUAUAUUUUUUCAAUUCAUUUAUGAAACUGAAAGACAUAAUGGAAUUGGAGAAUUAUUGGAAAUUUUAGGAAGCAUCAUUAAUGGAUUUGCAUUACCACUUAAGGAAGAACACAAAUUAUUCUUAAGAAAGGUAUUGAUUCCACUUCAUAAAGCUAAAACAUUAGUCGUUUAUCAUCCACAGUUGGCCUAUUGUGUUGUACAAUUUUUGGAAAAAAGUCCUGUGUUAGCUCGCGAAGUUAUUAACGGUUUAUUAAGAUACUGGCCUAAAGUAAACAGUCCGAAAGAAGUUAUGUUUUUAAAUGAACUUGAAGAAGUAUUAGAUGUGAUUGAUCAUGCUGAAUUUCAACAAGUUAUGGUUCCUGUAUUUGUAAAGCUAGGACAAUGCGUUUCAAAUACUCAUUUCCAAGUAGCAGAGAGAGCUUUAUAUUUAUGGAAUAAUGAAUAUAUUGUAAGCUUAAUGGCUGAAAAUAUGAAUGCCAUUAUGCCCAUUAUAUUCCCUACCCUUUAUAAAACAUCAAAGACACAUUGGAAUAAAUCUAUUCUUAGUUUAGUAUAUAAUGCAUUAAAACUUUUUAUGGAUAUAAACCCUCAAUUAUACGAUGAAUGUGCAAAUCAAUAUAAACAUCAAAGGCAAAUUGAAAGGAAAAGGCAACGCGAGAGAGAAGAGAAUUGGAAAAUACUACAACGUAAAGUAUCAGGCACAAGUUCUAUAACAAUUACUACUUCAGCGGAUGAUAAUGAUUUUUAUGACUACACUUUUCCACCAAAAAUUGCUAAACAAGAAGUAGAGUCUAAUAAAGAAAGUCAAAGAGAAAAAGACUUUGAUAUAUUGACAGAUGAGGAAACAGAUACAGAAUUAGAACAUCAUGAAGAAAAAUACGACAAUAUUCAUCCACACAUGCAAGAAUUUGAUUCAAAUAUUCAGCAAUUCCAACAAUUUAGACGAAAAUCAAUUAUACCCGUUGAUGAAACUGUAAGUACUGCAACUUUAUUUAUUACUGAUACUGACAAUUAUAUAUACACACACAUAUAUAUAUAAAGGUUUAUAAUGAGCUAUCUCGUCACAUAAGCUUAGAAGAAGUUAUGAAUCUUGCCCCAGGUGUUGCUUCCUCAUCAUCAGCUGCAAAUAGUCCAAUAGACAAUAAUAAGAAUACUUGAAUUAGAUAAAAUUAUUUCAAACGGUUAUUAUAAGAAAUAAAUAAUAAGUCUUACAUAUACAUGUAUAUAUAAAAAUUACAUAAUCUUUAAUAUUCUGCAUUAAUAGACACGUAUUUAGCUUACGUGUUCCUUAAAAUCAAAAUACCGAAUUAAUAUAGCAGCAGCAAUCAUGUAUAUUUUUC